AUGUCAUUCGAUAGCCGCAGGAAAGCAUUACUGCGAAAUCUGACUGAAGUACUUGAUAAAAUCACCGGAACCAAGACGCUCAUCCUCCAUCCCGAUCUGGCUGGACCGCUAGGAUUAAUAGCCCAAGUUUCAACACUUAAGCAUCACGGCGUCGAUAAGCUUUUCUGGCUCGAGAAAGGCGUACUGAGGUCAUCGACUACCAACCUCGUUUACUUUAGCAGACCAAGCGUCGCAGCGAAUAGUUUAAUUAUACAGCAGAUUCUACAAUCUUCAGAUGAAUACCAUGAGUACUUCAUCAUUUCCAUUCCAUCAUCCACAAAACUCCUCCAACGCCAAUUGAGCGACGCAGGCCUGCUCGAUACAGUCACGCUGCUAGAAUUUCAAUCUGGCUUUAUCCCUAUAGAGGAUGAUCUAUUGUCUUUGGAAUACGAGAAUAGCUAUGUCGAUUACUUCCUCAACGGCGAUUCUAGCUUAUUAUACGACUCUAGUACAGCUAUUUUAACCUUAGAAAAAGAGUUUGGCGCGUUUCCCAUCGCUGUGGGCAAAGGUAAAGCAGCAGAGGAACUCAUUCCACUGAUAAAGAGGCGAAGAAUGGAAGAACAUCUUUUGCACUCUGAUAACAAGAGGGAAGUAGAGAAUCUCAAUCACGCGUCUAGCACGUUCGACGCUCUCGUCGUUGUCGACAGAUCAACAGAUUUGAUUACACCAAUGUGCAUUCAACUCACCUAUUUAGGGCUGAUCGACGAGUAUAUUGGAGUUAAAAACGCACAUGUAGAAGUAGAUGCGUCUUUGAUAGAGGGCACCCAGCCCAACAACACACCUUCCACGUCCGCACUCAGUGCAAAGAAGAAGAAGAAACAUCUUUUAUCGACAUUUACUGAUCCCGUUUACGAGGAGCUACGCGACAUCAAUUUCUCGCAAAUAGGCGUAUACCUUAACAAGAUUGCUAAAACUAUUGAUCAGAGGUAUAAAGACAGACACACCGCCAAUACCGUCAAAGAAAUUAAGGAUUUCGUUGGCAGGCUUGGUGGUUUGCAGUCAGAGCACCAGAGUCUGCAGUUACAUACUGCCCUAUCUGAGCUGUUGCUUGAGUUUACCAAGAGCGAUACUUUCGGCGCAGUACUUGAAGUGCAACAGAAUCUAUUAGCCGGGUACGAAUUUCAAUCGCAGAUUUCAGCCAUCGAGGGACUGAUAUAUGAAGAGGCUCCAAUACACAACGUACUCCGCCUGAUAGUCUUAGGUCACAUUUGUGACGGCAACAUCAAGAGCAAGACUAUGGAACAACUCAAAGGGGAAAUUUUGCAAACAUACGGAUACCAAUACCUAACCCUACUUAUUACCCUAGAAGAGCAUAUCCUCGCACACAACCACUCUUUCUCGCAGAUACGCAAAUAUUUCGCACUCUUUGUCGAGGAUGUCAAUGAGGCCAAACCGAACGAUAUUAGUUACGCUUACUCGGGUUACGCACCAUUGUCGCUAAGGAUAGUGCAGUGUGCAGCUCAAAAGUCAGCUGUAAAGAGCCCCCUACCUGACUCCACAAUUCAAUCCAAGGCUAACAACAUUGAUUCUUUUGGUGGAUUCACUGAUUCACUCAAGUUUGUCAAAGGUGGUAUCGUACAAGACAGAUUCGAUGGUUUACCCAAAGAGGACAAUGGUGGUAUGAAAAAAACCCUAGUCUUUUUCGUCGGUGGUGUCACAUUCGCUGAAAUUGCGGCAUUAAGAUUGAUGUCUAGUCAAAUUAAAGACCGCGAUUUUGUCGUCGCUACAACUGAUAUCCUGAACUCCAAAACACUCCUCACACAACUUUCAAACAGCUAG